CACACACUAAUUUUUAAUCUAAUCUAAACCACCAAGAAACUCCAAAGUCUAAUCUACAAUAUUAAGCCCCACCACUCCCAAUGAUUCCUUUUUCUUCUUCCUUCGUCUUCUUCUCCUUCCAAAUUGUCAUUUCAUUUGUUUGUUUCUUCAAAGCUUCAUUAGCAGAAGAAGAAUAAAACCAGUGUACAUCUAUAUUUUUAAACUACAAUACUAGUAUAUAUUACUCCAUUCUAUUUCAUUCUCCACUAAGAAGCAGCUCUCAAUGGGAUCACAAGUUAACCACAUUUCAUUGACUUAAUUCCCACACUUUUUUUUAUUUUUUAUACAUUUAUUCAGUGGUGCUGGUUCUUGUUUAGUCACUUUCAUCCCUUGUGAAAGUACUGAUCAGAAAGGUGGUGCUGGCCUGCAGGUUCAUGUGGUGGCGCCCUUAUUGCUUUCAGAAUUCAUUAUUCUUGAUGUUGCUCACGUGAUUUCAGUCCUAUUUUAAUUCUACCUCUCAUUUAUUCUACCUUUGAUCUUAAUUGGUGAAAUCUUGGGUUUUGGAUCGCAGGAAAGGAGAAAGAGAGGGAUAUUGGAAGCAAGAACAAUGGCUGAGUUGCUUAGAGAGAGAAUGGACGGCAGUGAUCGUGUCGUGAGACGACGAAAGAGUCUAACUGAACGGUUAGGAUUCUCCGGACCCAUUGCAUGUUGUGGGUCCACCUUGUGUCUCAGACCAGCUUCGUUAAGUGUGGUUGAUGAUGAUGACGACGACGAAGAAUCUCAACAAGCACCACCGGAGGCGGCGGAAGUGGGUCGUGAAGCACCGCCGGAUAUAGAGUCAGCUUUGGUAUGUUUAGCUCAUAUUCCGGCGGGUACAGGGAUGAACUUGGCGGCGGCGUUAGCGGCGGAGCGUAACUUGAGAUCGGCCCAAGAUUCAAGCCCAAGUCAAAUAUCAGGCCCAGGACCAAAUACAAGCCCGUUGAGACCCAAUAUCAAUGGGCCGGGAACUGGACAAGAAACACCAUUUAGGAUGUCGUUGAUGAGAUUAUUAGAGGAAACGGACGGCUGCGAUGCAAAGGAAGAGGUCAAAGAAGGAGUGGGAAAUGAUAAGAUGUGCUGCGUGUGCAUGGGAAGGAAAAAAGGAGCAGCGUUCAUACCAUGUGGACACACAUAUUGUAGGGUGUGUUCAAGAGAGCUUUGGUUAAAUCGAGGGUAUUGUCCCCUCUGCAAUAGAUCCAUUCUUGAAAUUCUCGACAUUUACUGAAAACUCCAAAGGAUUGGUCAUGGAUUUUUGUGUUUGAUUUCUCAUCAAAGUGAGCAAAUGGAUUUGAUUUUUUUAUAUUAAAAGAAAGAAGAAGAUUAAGCAAAAACACAUGAAAUUGUUGUACCUAGAGGAGUAAGAAUUUGUUAUUUACUUUCUGAAUCUAUGGUCGAGCACCUAUACUAAGCCUUCCUUUCCAGCUUGGUUGAAGUUUGAUCCACCAUAUCAAAUAAGUAUCACAUUUUCUAAUUAA